ACUCUCCGUAGCCUUAAGAACGCUUCCUCACACACUCACACGGAAGCACCCAGGCCUUUGUGCUCCCGCAGGUACCACCCAAGGCCCCAGUGGAGUGUGGGGAGAAAAGAGGUCUCCUGGUCACUGCAGGUCACACCCGUGGGUGAUAGAGGGUGAGCGUUUACCCUCCCUGUGUGCACUGGUGUGCCCAGCGUACACAAUGGGCACACAGAUCCCUGUGCCCAGACGUCUACAGCAAGGAUGCCUUGGGUGUGCCCCCUGUGCCCUGGGUGCUCAUCAGUCUCUCUUCCCAACAGUACGGCCUCUACACAGCCUACAUGGGGCACUUCGUCCAUUUCUUCCUGGGCACCUCCUGGAUAGUGACUCUGUGGCCCACGGCCAUCAAGUCCCUCCUGGUCUCCUACACCUUCCAUGAGCCCACGUGUGCUGAGGUGCUGCCCUUCCUGGGGGGCUGCAUGCACGUAGCCCUGGGGCUCCAGCUCUUGGCCAGGUUCCUGCUGGACGUCAUCUCCUGCCCCGUCAGUCAUGAAGGGUCCCACCCCCGCUGCUCCUGUCACCAUCGGCCUUGGGCAGAUCAAGGUGGGCUCGCUAGUUGGCGCCGCGGCACCUGCUGAGUAGCAGGACCAUAGCGGUCCUGGUAUGUGCGGACCACACGACACCUUGCUGUUCCAGAGCUCAGAGCACACAGUGCUCGCAUGGGUCCCAUGUAUAAAACGACCCCUCAGGGGAGAUGUUUGGGGAGGGUCAGAUUCUACAGCAGGUGAUUUGAGGGACCGGAA